CCUGACCUGAUUUGGAACAAAGGUCUUAAGUUUGUUGCCCGCGCAGUGAUCUGGAGGACGCCAUCAACUUGCUGCAAUAAAUGACUCUCUGAGGCCAACUGUGAAAUCUUCCCAAGGGACAUGGAAAAAACACAGAUGAUUAAUAGUGCAGACCCCAAGAAAAGUUUACAAGAGAGGAAGCAAGAAGCAGCCCCAAGUAAUUAAACCACAGGUUCCAUUAUGGGUCGACUUGAUGGGAAGGUCAUCGUCCUGACAGCAGCUGCUCAGGGGAUUGGCCGGGCAGCUACCUUAGCUUUUGCAAGAGAAGGUGCCAAAGUCAUAGCCACAGAUAUCAAUGAGUUCAAACUUCAGGAACUGGAAAAGUACCCAGGUGUUCAUACUCGGGUCCUUGAUGUCACAAAGAAGAAACAAAUUGAUCAGUUCGCCAAUGACAUUGAGAGACUUGAUGUUCUCUUCAAUGUUGCUGGUUUCGUCCAUCAUGGAACCAUCCUGGACUGUGGGGAGAGAGACUGGGACUUCUCAAUGAAUCUCAACGUCCGCAGCAUGUACCUGAUGAUCAAGGCCUUUCUUCCUAAAAUGCUUGCUCAGAAAUCUGGCAACAUUAUCAACAUGUCCUCUGUGGCAUCGAGCAUCAAAGGAGUUGUGAACAGGUGUGUGUACAGCACAACCAAGGCAGCUGUGAUUGGUCUCACAAAGUCUGUUGCUGCAGACUUCAUCCAGCAGGGUAUCCGGUGCAACUGUGUGUGUCCAGGAACGGUUGAUACCCCAUCUCUGCAGGAAAGAAUACAAGCCAGACCAAAUCCUGAAGAGGCACUGAGCGAUUUCCUAAAGAGACAGAAAACAGGAAGAUUUGCAACUGCAGAAGAAAUAGCCCUGCUCUGCGUGUACCUGGCCUCUGAUGAAUCUGCCUAUGUAACAGGUAAUCCUAUUAUCAUUGAUGGAGGCUGGAGCUUGUGAUUUCAGGAUCUCCUUGCUGGGAAGGCAGGCCGUUCCUGUCUACAGUGAACCUGCUUAUGAAGAAAACUCACCCAUCCUCUCUUUCCUAUUAAUGGCAUAUCAAUGAAAAUAAGACCUUUUUGAUGAUGUCAUUGUUCACAAGAGUCUGAUUCUUUAAAUAUAUUCAUCUCUUUCU